GCCUCCCUCCAAGCGUUUCUUUGACACAUUUUACUUGAUUUUACAGACGCCAUAUUUGUCACGUUUUUGCCAGUUGUGAAUAUAUUUAGCCAAAAAUUUAAUUUACAGUAGCGUCACGGCUUGUAAUUUUUGAAGUGUCAACAAUUAAAUCCAGAAUGAGCCAAAUGUUUCCUGAAAAUAAGGAGAAGCAACCGCGCACAUCGUCAAACGAAACUAACAACUCAUUUGUCAAGAAUGUAACAUCCAGAGUAUCUGGCUUACUACCUAGUACAAUCACAAAGUGGUUCAGUAGUCCAAGCUCUUCAAAUGCAAACGGUUCUACUUUUACUGCUGAAGCAUCAGACUCCUCAGAAGAUGAAGCAACAGAAACUACCGUAAUAACUCAACCACCAGCAAAGCGUAUGCGUUUCAACCCACCUGGAACAUAUAACCACUACAGUCCUACAGAAGCACCUUGCUCGUCUUAUGAUGUUGAGAUCAUAGAAACCCCAUACAGUCCAUACACUGGUACACAGUAUGCGCAGCCAAGCCGGAACACUUACACCACACCACUGCGUCCCCAGAAUGAAGAACAAGAUAAAAUGGAACAAGAGACAACAUCCCGUAUGUUCAAGCUGCCAUAUACUGUGUCUAGUACUGGCCAAUCAGUCAUCAAUAAAAGAAAGUCAAUUUUCGAUACCACAUCCAGAGAAGAAAUUAAAGCAAAGGAAGCUGUGAAAUCAGUGGCCAAUGCAGUGCGUGAUCCAAAGCAGCCCAGCUUUAAACCUAGUCUACUUGGAUCACCAUUUUACCCUGGCAGGACUAUGUAUGGGGGAGCAGCAUCUUCAUACAUAAACCAGCCUAACAUAAAACAAGAAUCUGUGGCAGUAGUGAAGGAGACCAAGAGCAAUGACGACUCGGCUAUCAGCAGCUCUGCGCGGCGUGUCAUGGAUCUAUUAGAAAGUUACUCCUCCCCACUCAUGGAAGCCAGGAGGAUUCCGCUAUAUACUAAGCCUAAAAACGAAGGCUUCAGCGAUUCCCCUAACAGAUACUCACCUUACGCGAGUAAAAUUAUAUCCCCCAAGACACAAGAGCUCCAUGUUCCCAGCGUUGCGUCAAUACUGCGACUGAAGAAGAAAUCUCGUCUCAUGGACACGACAAAAAUCGCGCGACAAAUUAUAGCUUCACACAGCAGUACUUCAGGCUAUUCUAUGUAUCAGGAUCAAGCUGAACGGAAAGAGCCAGAGAAAGAGCAGCCCAAGAAAAUGACUACCAAAGUGAAAUCAAGGCUUACAAGAGUUGACCGACGAAACACAGAAGAGGUUGAUGCACCGACUCCAGUGGAACUGCCCACGGGCGGCCUUCAAUUAGAUCAGGACAACUUACCUAAGUUUUCUUUCGGUUCCGCGGCGUUUAAACUACCGGCCACAUCUACGCCUAAACCUGCGCCCUGUGAGAAAAUUAAUAUUAAUGUAUCUAAAGUCACUCCAGUCACUCCAGUCAAUCUAUUCAAAUUUUCCAACCCUGAUACAGUGUUGAGUGACACACUUCAAGUGAGUCUGGAGGCGACACCUCCGAUAUACACCUUUAAAAGUCCAGAUCUCCGAACAGAUCAGAUAUUUGAAAACAAACGUGACGAAGGUUCUGUUAUAAAUGUUGUCAAAGAAUCCGGAAAAAAUACUACUGUGUCAAUAGACUGGCAGUGUUCUGAAUGCUGGGUUAAAAAUAAACCUGAAGCCAACAAGUGUGUCUGUUGUGGCUCCAAACCACCUACAAAGAAAGCUAAAUGUUCUGUUUGCAAACUUGCCGAUAGUCAAUCACAAAAAGACAAAUGUGCAAAUUGUGAAAAGAUGUCAGUUUCUAAUGUAGCAAGUCCAAUCUUUGCAACACCAACUGGAAUAAGUCAGGCAUCAAAAUGGAAGUGUGAAGAUUGCUGGGUGAGCAACGAGGACAGCGCGAACAAGUGCGCUUGCUGUGGGGGCAGCCGGCCUGACAAGUCGAGUAAUGCAGCCGCUGCUGUAACAGUCGCGGCGACCACGAGUAUCUUCACCUCGAACACCGCCGCAGUCAUACCAAGCACUGUGCCUUUGACAGACAUCUCAAAAACGGAUGCUGAUUGGAAAUGCGAAGAUUGCUGGAUCUCUAAUAAGAGUACUGUAGACAAAUGUGCGGCCUGUGGCGGGGCCCGGCUCGGUGUCAAACAAAACAAUCCCGCUAAUGUGACGUCCAACACGUCGUCGUUCUUCGGAACUAGUGACGAUAAAUUUAAAACGAUUAUUCAAUCUCAAAAAUCAGAUAAAUGGGAAUGUUUAAGCUGUUUAGUCAACAAUGAGAGUGAUAAAGAUAAAUGCGUAUGCUGUGGAGCAGCAAAAGAAAGCAAAAAUAAAACACCUGGGCCUAAGUUCAACUUCGGAACCGUUGCAAAUAGUUCAUUUAAAUUUGGCAUUGAUCCAAAAGUGCAAGAGGCUACCAUCGCACAAAAACCAGAAGUAAAUUCAACGAUAGAAUCUAAAACCAAACCACAAUCUGAAACAAACAAUAAUGUAUUAGCUGAGACACCAACAUUCACAUUUACUUUACCCACUAAAAAGGUGGAUGUAAAAGCUGAUGAUUCCAAAGGCCAGUCAAAUGAGGCUCCAAAAAUGAAUUUUACAUUCGGUAUACCGAAAGCAAUUCCUGCAGGUACAGACACCAAGAAAGAUGCGGAGGAAGAAAAAGCGCAAGAAGUUCCAUCAGUUGACUUAAAUUCUCCAGUCAUAAACAAUGAAAAUAAGACCUUACCACCUGCUGUAAACUCACUUAACACGCUAGCAGCUGAAGCGAAAAAGGAUUUGAAAGUCAAUUCGGUGUCUUCACCGGUAGUGCCCAAUGCAGAGCAGCCAAAACCAACCUUCUCAUUUGGUGUAAAUGCUCCCAAGCUGUUCGAAGCUCCGUCUAGUACGGCGUCGACGAUGAACUUGUUUACGCAGCAAACACAAUCCACUACUGUGACGACGACUAGUGCCCCAACGUUAUCCCUGUUUAAGCCACCUGCCGCCACUACGACGGCGACGUCCUUAUUUCAAUCGCCUGCGCCAUUAUUUCAAAACACUGAGAAGACUAACAAUACUACCACUGGACCAAUGUUUACUUUUGGCAGUAACGGACCCAGUAACCCUGCGCCAUCCGCAGCGAUACCUGCUGCGACAGAAAAGCCAAAAUUCCAGUUUACGUUUGGUAGCAAUUCCGCACCCAAAACUGAUCCGCCUGCAAUGUUCAAGUCUCCUUUUGCCGCACCCGAAAGUAACGUUAACACGAACGCCUUUAAUCUACCUGCUGGGACCACGUUGGGUACUAGCAAUAGUUUACCAUCCAACGCGUUGGGAAGCAAUGGUUUGGCGGUUACUAAUGGGCUUACAGGAAAUGCUUUGGCAGGGAACACACUCGGCGGGAAUACUUUGACGAUCGGAGGCACUGGCACUCUAGGAGGUACAAAUGGGUUGUCGGCUAACGCGCUAUCAGUGGGAAGCAGCAUGCAACCCAGCAGUUCCUUAACAGGCGGUGCAACAGGCUUGUUCAAUAACACCGUGCAGAAAGAGAAUGUGUGGUCACCGAGUAGUAAUGCGUCAACCCCAAAUUUGUUUGUGUCUAAUACGACUACAAGUAGUUUGCAGAAGCCGGCCGCGUUUACUUUUGGUUCGGCAACGCCGUUUAAUGCUGCCAAUAGUACACCGACAUUUGGUGCUGCCGCAGCGCCGACUCAGAACAUGUUUGGUAUGAACAGCCAGAAUAACAGCAGUCAGUCAUCGAUGUUCUCCAAUACUGUUCAAAGUCCGGCAUCAGGCAACCUGUUCGGGACGCCGCAGCCGGCCAGUAACCCCGCCCCACAGAUGCCGAUGUUCGGCGGUCCUAGUAUUGGCGCGACUCCCGCGUUCGGCGCACCGAACCCAUCCAUACCUUCGUUUGAGGCGCCCUCCUUGACGCAACCGGCGGCGCCUGCCUUCAACUUUGGUACAUCCCAGUCGACUGGCAUUUUUGGAUUUGGACAGCAGGCUCCGCUUCAGCAGCAGCAGAUGCAGCCGGCGCCCCUGCAGAGCCAGCAGCCGGGCGGCGUGUACAGCUUCGGCGGCCCGCCCGCCGGCACGCCGCAGGUGCAGUUCAGCAUGGGCAGUGGCGCCAAUCCCUCUGUGCGACGCGUGCGAAAGGCCGUUCGCAGAAACCCGCAACGAUGAAACUUAUAUCGCCUCUAACAUAAUAUGGACUGGAUCCAGUAAGUGUCCUCAUUUAAACUUAAUCCGUGUGUAGCCACAAGGAUGUAAAAAUAUCAUUUGUAACAGUGGAACUAAAUUAUAAGGUAACUAUAAUAUUUUUGUUAGAUCAUAUAGGUUUAUGUCAUUUGCAAGCAUUAUUGGAGGGACAUAGUGUAUGGUUGUUAAAUUCAAUUUUGUUUUCUUGUCAUUUAGAAUCAAUUUGUUAAUUAAGAAUCAAGGAUAAUUUGUAAAUCAUUGUUGCUAUUUAAUGCUAAUUAACCUGUGAACAGGAAUCAUGAAGUAUACAAAUCGCAUUAUUUAACAACAAUGAAAAAGAAAUGAAUGGUAAAUAAAAUAUUAUUAUAUAUUUUAUCAGCUUCCGCCCGCGGUUUUACUCGCUCCCCGUGGUAACUGCUCCCCGCAUUUUAAUAACAAAGCGAAAACUAAGUUCUCGUUGUUAGUCAGACUUUCAAUUUGUUGAGAAUCAUUGCCACUACUAGGAGUUGUAAUUUCAAUGAAUGCCUUCCACUAAACAAAUCUUACAUUAUCUGAACUAUCAGAGCAAUUACAAACAUUAAACAGUUCUAUUCCCGGUCACCGCGAUGCCAACACAAAGGCCUGACACGGGUAAACCCAUAAACCAAUGACACGAUUUGCCAUAGUUGCGUAUGACUGGAUUUAAUAAUUAUUUAUAAUAAUACAUAUAAUCUAUAAUAUAAAAAUGAAUCACAAAAUGUGUUGGUAAGCGCAUAACUCAACAACGCCUGGACCAAUUUGGCUAUUUCUUUUUUUGUUGUGUUUGUUAUUGUCAGGAGAAGGUUCUUAUGAAAAAAAAAAUAGGGUAAAGUAGAGAAGUCAUUUGACGGGAGCGAAGCCGCGGGCAAAAUCUAGUUUAUAAAAAUAUUAUAAAGAGGAAAACUUUGUUUGUUUGAUUGUAAUGGAUAAACUCAAAAACGACUGGACUGAUUUUAAAUAUUCUUUCACCAUUAGAAAGCUAUAUUAUCUGCGAGUAACAUAGGCUAUAUUUUAUCCCGGUGCGGGUAGUAGCUCCCACGGGAUGCGGGUGAAACCGCGGGAAAACGGUUAGUUAUUUAUAACAGAUAAGACACAUAAGAACUGGAUUGAUCUCACCAGGCAUUAUCACUCCAUGCUUCUUGUAAUAUCUCUGCAAACAAACAACAACAAGAUGUCAAAACGAGCAUUGACACCCAAAAAAAUACAAAUGAUUAGUAUUGCGUAUUAAGGCCAAUUUGAUAUGUUGAAAAUAUGGAAGCAUAUUUACUAAAUCUAUAGUGAUAACAAGGCAAAGAGUAACUGUACUGAAAACUACUGGUCUGUUAUGAAAAAAUAUUUCAUUGUAUAUAGAUGGUCCAUUUAUCUAGAAAGAUUAAAGAAUACUAAGUGCGCCAUGUUGUACCAAGGGGCGGGUGACACCGCGGUGGGUAGUCUUAUUCAUAUAAUGCACAAUGGCAUCCUUAACUAUCGAUAUUUUGAUGUAUUUUAGAGUCACAUAUUUACGGACGGUAAAUAAAAAAAUAAAUUCUUGUGAUGAAUGCUGUAAGAUUAUAACUUUUUAUAUAUUGUUUUAGGUAGUUACAUCAUUAAGCACUUAGUAUAUUUUUUUAUAAUGAUUUUUGUUCAAAACAAAGCUUAUGGUCAUACAUACGCUUACAAAUUAAAAUACCUUAUUAGGCUGGCUAAUAUAAUUAAAAGGUGUAUGUUGUUGUAAACACGAAAUAAAAAUAGAAAAAUAUCAAACGAGUAGUUUGUGUGUAACAAUAGUAGCAAGUUACUUUCUAGUGGUCUUAAUCAAUGCGUUUAGAUUAUUGGAUAAGGUUUAGGGACAUGUUAUUAAGAUACAUCAAACAAUAUACAACGUUGUAUUUAGCGCUAAUAGUAAUGUUUGCGUCGAGUUUUAGGUUAUAUUUUAUUAAAAGAAAUCAUGAAUACCAAAAUCAAGAGAGUUGUAAUAUUUAUUAUCUGAUAUGAAAAUUUUUAUUCAUCAAUUCUGUGUGCACUCUCGACUAAAAAGAUAAUAUAUGUUUUUGGUAGUUGUGGUUUCAAUGACUUCCUAUCCUCAUCAAUACAUAGUAUAAAACAAAGUCGCUUUUUCUGUUCCUAUGUCCCUUUGUACGCGUAAAUCUUCAAAACUACGCAACCGCUUUUCAUGCGGUUUUUUUUAUCAGAUAGAAUGUUUCAAGAGGAAGGUUUAUAUGUACAAUAACAUACAUCAAAUAGUGGGGAAAUACUGUUACGCCGUGCGAAGCCGGAAAGGGUCGCUCGUUAAUAAUAAAAACAAGAAGAGGUUUAAUGCCAAUGAUAAUCGACUAGUUUUAUAUUUAUUUGACAUGUCAAACCAAUGAAUAAUUAUCAAAAUUGGUCCGAUGUGCGUGAUUUGAUGACUAGACAAGAAUAGCCCUACAGAUUAUAUUUGCAGUCCGCUCACAAACACAAAGUCGUAUUUGUGGCCUCGUUCAAAAAAAGUUUAAGUAUGGCUGGGCUAGGAAUAGGUGUAAACGCACACCCGUGGUUAGAGUUAAGUGUACCUUAUUUACCACAAUGGCGGAUUUAAGGUAGUGGGGGCACUGUGGGUAUGUCUCGUGACCUCACACUCCUACAUUAUCUCGCUAUAUACCCCCCCCCCACUUAUAUAAUCAUAUAAACUUGCUAAUGUAUUACCCCAAUGUAUGUAUACUUCUUUAUGUACUCCUUUCUGUUACUUAAACUUUCUUGUCUUUCAUUGAGGAAUGAGUCAGGAAAGACGAGAAAAUAAUUUAACUUAGCUUAACUGAUCUGAAAACCUAGUUUUAGCCUGUGAGAAAUAGAAUAAACCUAACUCUAGCAACGAGUGUGCGGUUACACCUAGUUCUAUUAGGAAGGUUACACCUUGUUCUAACCGGAGAUACGAGGAUACAACUAAGUUUGGCCGUCUACGCCCAGCAUUCAUGCGGAUAACAAGCCGAUCCAUCCGUAACGAAAAACAACGGAUGGUUAUUGUAAUGCGCAGUUAUAGCUAACAUGUACAGAGUUCUUAAUAAUAAUAUAAAAAAACUGAUUUAUUACAAAUUUCAAUAUUGGCCAUUCAAAAGAUACAAUUUCAAUAAAUUAAAAUUAUCAAGUCUAAUUAUAUUAAAUUAUUAUUGAUUUGAUUGAUUAUAAAUAUGUUCUGUAAAUGCUAUUGCUUAGUAAUAGAACGUAUUUACGUAUUGCGUUACAUUAUGUGAUAUGUACUAAAAGUCUGUGCUCUUAUAUCUAUGAUCAAUUUAUGAAUGUUUUUAUUGACAGAUGUACACUAAUUUGGAGAAUAGGAAAUACGUUUUGAGAAUUAUUUUGAUAGAAAUCUUAUAGACACAAUUGACGUAAAUAAAAUAUGAGUUUCUUCCACUAAACAUGACAUGUUUUGACAUUUCCUAUAUUGAAAUUUGUAUUUAUUCUUGCUUCCUGUAAUUAGAAAACAUUUUCAGUGCUAUUGCGUGCAUAAUGUGUUGCAUGAUUUUUCCUGGCAUCAUAUUACUUAUUAUAACUUGUUCUAACUCCUUAUCACGUCAUUCCUUUUAGGCAAAAUAUGAAAAGUUAUUGAAAAUGGAAGCUGGUCUUUCUAAUAUUAUUUUUAGUUUUGUGGUUCCUGGAUUCUACAUCAGGUAACCAAGGAUAUAAGUGAAAAUUUGUAAAUGGCAUAUUUUGAUGUAAAGGAACUGACACAAUAUGCUGAGCUGGUUUUGAAAUAUAAUAAAAUAAGAAUUGGGUUUCUGGAAUUAAGGGCCGGUGAUAAAUAAUAAUUUUAGUAAUAAAUUUCAAAUACUCCCUCGCAGAUAUAUGCACAUUGUGUCAUUGCCUAAAUAGUAAGUCUUUUGCCUUAGUUGGCAACGACGAUAUAGAAAGCUUAUAAGUACAUUUGACAAAAUUAACUGAAAAGGACACGUGUUUAGUAUCGCAUUUUGAUUAUGUACAAACUUUAAUGUAAAUUAAAUCAUCUGAAUGAAUGAAAGGAGAAUGAUCAAAAAAAUGUGGAAAUGGUUUAAUGUAACUUCUAUAAUAAAUUAAGAUUUACUGUGCAACAAUACUAGCCGUAAUUCCAUACACGCGUGUUCAUUCUCCUUUGAAUUUGUUAUCGAGAAUGUACUUUUAAGUGCCAACUUCAUUAUAUUUAUAUAUAAGCGAUAUAUAUAGCUGAUAAUGUUAAGUUACGUUAUGUUUGCUGGUUUAUAUGAAACGUAAACCGAAAUUUCAUAAGGCUUCUGUAUUCUUGUCUAUUUUGUAAUGUUAAUUUAGUAUACAAUUUUGUAUUAAUUACUUAUAAUAUGUUAAACUGAAAACGCGAUACUUAGCUCGUCCAUAGUUUUAUAAAAUCCACUGAUUUAAUCAAAAAAUCACAAAGGUUAAACUCAUGUCUACAAACUUCAUAACACUAAUACCAUUGCAGUAAAUUAAUGUAAACUAGUUUUUAAUUUCGUAACAUAAGUUUAGAUGUAUGCCUUCAAGUAAGAACAAGCUAGCCAAAACAUUGUACUAGGCAAGGAACGAGAAUUUAUAUAGAUAUUGAAUCAUAGUCAUGAUUGAUUCGCUUAAUUCAUAUAUUUGGAAUGUGAACGCUACGGCGACGAUCUUUUGCUUCGGAUUCGAAUUGUUAACUGUAAAUAUAAUAUGUAGUUGAAUUAUGUCGAGGCUGAGUGUAGUCGCAUUUGGAACUUAUUAACUCUAGGACUUAUUUUUUUUUGCACUGAGACAAAAUCAAUGUUUCCAAAUGCAUUCUACACCUAGUCAUUGUAAUGUAAAAUAUUAUCUGCUGUAUUUAACAACACAUCAGUGGACAUUAAAUAAACGUUAAUGGAAGAUUGGGGAGCAAAACUAACUGUAAACUUGUCGAGUUGUUUUGAAUAUAAUGUAAUAAUGUUGAUAAUUGAUUGAAAAACUAAUAAUCGUUGAUUUUAAAAAAGCCUUUAGAUUUGUUCCUCAAUGAACAUGGCCAUUCAAAAAAAUA